UCGUUCGUGUGAUUAUUUUGCUAUCUCGAGCAUACUUCUGAAACCAUAAGUUGAUAAGUCGGUAGGUUAGUAGACUGAAAUAACAGAGAAUGGCUAAAACUGUACCCAACAGACUUUGUGUUUUAAAGAAGGAGACGCCGGACAGAGAACUGUAUAUUUUUUAUGAUACAGACUUUCAUCGGACUUCUAUCAGUAUUAGCGAGCUGUGGGAUCUAUCUUCAAGGCUAGCUCACAUUCUUGUAUCCAAAGGACUUCAACGCGGAGAUGUUGUGGCCUGCAGUGUGCCUACAAGCCUCGAGCUUGCUGUAUGUUAUCAUGGCGUCAUAUUAGCUGGAGGAGUAGCUUUUGUAACGGAAGCAACUAAGGAAGCACCCCAACAAUUCACACAUUUCAUUAACACGUCCAGAGCCAAAUUUCUGAUACUAUGUGCCAAAGAAAACGACCUGACCUAUACACAACACGCGCACUGUCUUGGUGAAGUCACAGAUGAUCUUGGAAUGUCAAGCUUUCAUGAUCUGGGAAUGCCUUCGGUGACCACAGUCUUAUGUGUUGAAAGACAGGGAAAGGUCAGCCAAUUCCUCGCUUUGCUCGCUCGUUACCCGAGUGUCUACGUGGAUGAAGAGCUUCCGGAAACGUCCAUAGCCACACUGUCCACCACGUCAGGUACCACAGGGGUGCCAAAACUUGUCAUGAGGACUCACCGAAGCUACAUUGAGGAUGCAGAUGCAGGUGGCUUUAUUCCGCAAUGGCCUGGCAAGAAAACAUUUAUGAACUCUCCGUUUUCUUGGAUUGUUGGUAGCCUUUUGGACAUCUUAGACGGCUACACCAGAGUUCAGGUGGAUAUGUGGACGCCCCCUGAGAACCUUCACAAACUCAACGCCGAGAUAAUUACGAGAGAACCAGUUCGAUCAGCUUUCCUGACCCCACCGGAAGUCCAGGGGCUCCUUGAGUAUUUUAGCGACGUUGACAAUAAACCAUUUGAUGCAGUGGUAUCAGCUGGAUUCUUGCUCACCAGGCAGAUCUGCGAGAUGUUCCUGAAAAUUUCACACCAGCUGACAAUGAGGUACGGUGCUUCGGAAGGGGCAUCAGUCAGCUUCAAGGUGCACAGGAGUUCUGAAAACUUCCAGGAUUUCAACUGUGGUCAGCUCAUUAAAGGGACACGAGUGAAGUUUGUUAAUGAAGAUGGAACAGAGAUGGCGCCUGGCAUUCCAGGUAAACUAAUGCUUCAAAUGCCAGGCCUUUUUUCUGGUUAUAUGGGUCAGGAGGAACUCAAUAAAAAAGUGCUUACGUCAGAUGGCUGGUUUGUGAACAAUGAUAUAGGAUACUUGGAUAAAGAAGGCGAUUUGUUCGUUAUAGGAAGAUACGACAAUGUGAUAAGAAAAAAUGGACAAAUGGUGUAUCCUUCUUUGGUCGAGAAAGCCAUUCGACAACAUCCAAUGGUCGACUCUGUGAUUGUCGUCCCCAUUACAGAGGAAGGCAACCAACCAAAGAUUUGCGCAUGCGUGGUGGGGAAAGCGUACUCUACUUUGACUCGAGAUGAAGUAAUCAAAAUGGUGGAACUGGAAGCUGCCAAAGAUGGCGGAGUGCUGACACCGCCCGACUUGGUCUUAUUUCUGGACAGUAUACCCAUGAACUCUCGUGGGAAAAUUAAAGUCAGCUCGGUUGUUCAGGCCGUCCAGGCGAAGUUACAAUUAUAAAUAAGUACAAUUAAACUUACUUCUACUAUCUUAUUAGGAAAAAGUAAAAAAAAAAUGUUUGUGAGA